AUGGUAUUGAAAUCUACAUCUGCCAGUGACGUUUCUGUGUACCAAGUUUCUGGUACGAAUGUAUCCCGUUCUCUACCGGAGUGGGUAGCUAGAAGACGGAAGAGAUCGUUGAAGAAUGAUUUGGAUUAUCAGAAUAGAGUGGAACUGAUCCAAGAUUUCGAAUUUUCGGAAGCAUCUAACAAGAUUAAAGUCACUCCUGAUCAGCAGUUUGUGAUGGCCACUGGGACUUACAAACCUCAGAUCCACUUGUACGAUUUUGACAAUUUGUCGCUGAAAUUCGAUAGGCAUACCGACUCUGAAAAUGUCGACUUUCUUAUCCUUUCAGACGACUGGACCAAAAGUGUCCAUUUGCAAAACGACAGGUCAAUCCAAUUUCAAAACAGAGGUGGGCUUCACUACACUACGCGUAUACCCAAGUUCGGAAGGUCCAUAAAUUACAACAAGGUUAGUUGUGAUUUGUAUGUGGGUGCCAGCGGCAGUGAGCUUUACAGACUGAAUUUAGAACAAGGUAGAUUUCUAAACCCUUUCAAAUUAGAUUCGGAAGGUGUCAACAACGUUGAAGUCAACGAUGUGAACGGGCUGGUUGCCGUUUCGAUGGAAAAUAGCGUCGUAGAAUUCUGGGAUCCUAGAGCUCGUGCUCGGGUGUCUAAACUCCAGUUGGAAAACCAACUGGACAAUUCUCCAUUUCAAGUCACGACGUCGAACUUCCGUAAAGACGGGUUGAAUUUUGCGUGUGGUACCUCCAACGGUUACGUCUAUCUUUACGACCUACGUGCCUCUGAACCGGCUAUGGUUAAGGAUCAAGGUUACGGUUUUGAUAUCAAGAAAGUCAUAUGGUUAGAUACGGUGAAUGAGGAGAACAAAAUUCUGACGUGUGACAAACGUAUUGCCAAGAUUUGGGACAGGGUGGAUGGAUCCGCAUACGCAUCUAUGGAACCAAGUGUAGAUAUCAACGAUAUCGAACACGUCAAAGGUACCGGUAUGUUUUUCACAGCAAAUGAGGGGAUUCCAAUGCAUACAUAUUACAUUCCAAACCUGGGUCCUUCCCCACGUUGGUGUUCGUUCUUGGAUUCCAUUACCGAAGAAUUGGAGGAAAAACCAAGUGACUCCGUUUAUUCGAACUACAGAUUUAUCACUCGUAAGGAUGUUGCUAAAUUAAACCUGAACCAUUUGGUUGGUUCUAAGGUACUAAGGGCGUACAUGCACGGUUUUUUCAUCAAUACAGAACUGUAUGAUAAGGUUGCCUUGAUUGCCAACCCUGAUGCAUACAAAGAUGAAAGAGAAAGAGAGAUCAGGCGCAGGAUUGAAAAGGAGAGAGAAUCAAGAAUUAGAACCUCUGGUGCGGUGCAAAAACCUAAAAUUAAAAUUAAUCAAAACUUGGUCGACAAAUUGUCGACGAAACGUGGUGAUUCCAUGGCGAGUAAAGUGGUUACGGACGAUCGUUUCAAGGAGAUGUUCGAGGAUGAAGAUUUCCAAGUUGACGAAGAGUCUUAUGAUUACAGACAACUAAACCCAGUGAAGUCGACCAAUGAAACAGAUGAGGGUGCCGCUAAGCGUAUCAGAGCUCUGACUGCUGCUGAAGAAUCUGACGAAGAAAGAAUCGCCUCGAAAGAAGAUGGCCACCACAGUGAGAGUAGCGAAGAAGAAAGUGACAGCGAGGAUGAAAGUUCGCAGGACAACCGCGAAGAAGUGGACGAACAAACUAAGAAGAAAAUACAAAAGCAGAUGGCGGCCAUUGAAAGAAGAAAGGAGGAGAGGAAGCAGAGCGAAAAUUUCAUGAACCAGUUCAGUGUCGAACGUAGCGGAGACGACAGAUAUAGUGAAAAGGACGUCACAUUCGGACAAAAGGUUAGCGAACUAAACAAGGAUGCGAAGUCCAAAAGAGACGACAACUCGGUUCUACACCGCAACCAUAAGGGUGAAGCUGAACUAACGUUCAUCCCGAAGAAGGCGGAAAAGAAACCAAAACAGAGGAGACAAGCGGACGGGGAAGACGACGAUGAUGAUGUGGAUACGCGAGAUAACGGUAGAACCAAACAGCGUUUCCAGGGAAGAAGAACUGCAUCGAAAAACACCUUCAGAGGGUUAUAA